AUGGCGCCCAAGCCUCUGAAAAAGAAAAAUGGCCGGCCGCCGCCGAUCGAUAAAUUAAUGAAGCCAGCCAUCGGAAUCGGUCUCGCCUUAUUAGCCUACCAAUUUUUCAAAGGAAUCGGUGCUGAAAUUCCACGCGUAAACACAGAAGAUGAACUGGAGCUUCGGGAAGUCCUCUUUGGGGAGGCUGCAACAGGAAAAUCAUACGCGGUUCUGUGCCAUCCAGAGGUGUCCACUAUACCGAUAAGUUCCGUCUUUCAAGAUGCCUCCAAUGAUGGAGGGGCGCCUGCGGAAUUUCGCGUUCUAGACUGUGGCUAUGUUUUACCAUCAUCUGAAAUGUCGAUAGCGGACCGCUUCAAACUUGACCUCAAAUCGCGGCCGACAAUCUUCGUUUCGGGGGCGGUGGGGGGCCCCAAACAGGUGCCGACCAAGAAUCUGAAAACGGGAGCUAUGCUCGUCAAAUUCUUGCGAGCUAAGCUCGGCCUGACCGCGGCGAAAAUUGAAACGACGCAGGACUUGCGAUCCAAAUGUUUGGACAAGGAUAUGUGUGGCCUGCUACUCAAGGGAGCCAAGAAGGCGCCUAACUAUUUGAAAGAUGCCAUGAACAAUUUGUUAAAAGAGUAUCCGACUGUUUCUUUCGCAUCGAUUGAUUCAAGCGUAUUGUAUGCCAAGAAUCUAGAGGAAUAUCUCCCGGAACUCGAAAGCAGCCAACCUCGUUUCGUUGUCUUCAAAAAGGUUAGUGGCUCUACCGAAGCUGGGGGUGACCGGCUGAUCUCUAGCAUAGCUGCGAUUCCUACAAAUGGUGUAUCGUACGGACAAAUGAGCAACCUGGUAGCGAAUGUUGUGAACAAAUCACAAGAAUUGACUAAAUUGACUUCCUUGCCAGUGAUCAAAACGCGGACCAAAAAAUUGGAACAAGAAGAACGUGCCAAACGGGACCGCAAAAAUAACCGGCAGCAAGAGAAGGAUCACCCUGUAUCGGGUUCGUCAUCUUUUGAGGCCAACGAUGGGUCUCGCGAAGGUCGCAAGCUAGAGCGCGAACGCCGAAGAGCAGAACACAGAGAAACGAACAAUGUACGAGAAAAGACCCCUGAGGAGAUUGCCGAGAUAGAACGACUGCGGCGUCAACGCAUGGAAGAAGAGGCAGCGAAAUGGAACAUGGCACCGGAUGAUCUUCCGGAAGGGGGCGAUCCUUUUAUGGGAGAGGACAUGGAAUACGAAGACAGCACCACCAGUGACGACGACGAUGAGGAAGAUGUCAUUGAUCUUGACUAA